GCGUACCGGCCGGAUCGUUCUCCGUGUCGGGUUGUGCUUGUGAUAUUGUAAAACGUAAAUACCAUCAGUUCCGCUGCCACCUGCGCUGAAGACUGAAGUGGAACAAAAAACAUUUAAUAUAAUAACUCACAAAUAAAAAUAUUCAGAGUUUAAUCGCUCUACUGCCGGCCAACCCCGAAAACUUUGCAAGUUUUCGAUCGUACACCAAUUUUUGUAUCACUAUACAUACAACUGCCAAAACAUGAGGACCAAGCCGGAAAUGAUGGGGCAACUGCGUCCAGCUUUCAGCGAACUCAAUAUUUCAGAAGGUUUCGAAUUCGACACCGAAAUGGUCACCAACGAGAUCAAAGAAGAUUGUAAAUCACUUCUUUUGUCCAAUGAACAACUGACCACCUUGAUGAAUGAUAUGGAUGGAGCCAUCAGGAAUGGUUUGGCUAAAGAUACCAACCCAUCUUCCAUUGUUAAGUGUUAUGUCACUUAUGUACAAGAUUUGCCUAAUGGCACAGAAAGAGGCAAAUUCUUGGCUCUGGACUUGGGUGGCACCAAUUUCCGUGUACUAUUGAUUGAAUUGGGAGAGAAUAACUACUUCCAUAUGGAUUCUGAAAUCUUCAAAGUGCCUGCUCAUAUCCAAACUGGCAAAGGCACAGAAUUAUUCGAUCAUAUUGCUAAAUGUCUGGCAGAAUUUAUUAAAAAACACAACUUGGACAACAAAAAGGCAUUACCGUUGGGCUUUACUUUUAGUUUUCCACUUAGACAAGUUGGUCUUACCAAAGGAUAUUUAAAUAGUUGGACCAAAGGAUUUAACUGUUCAGGAGUGGUUGAUGAAGAUGUUGUCAGACUUCUCAAGGAUGCUAUCAAAAGAAGAAAGGGCCUGAAUCUACGUUUAACGGCUGUAUUGAAUGAUGCAACCGGAACCUUAAUGAGUUGUGCCCACAAAACACGUUUUUCGAAUAACUGUUUUGUAGGUUUGAUUGUUGGAACGGGAUGCAACGCGUGUUACGUGGAAAAAGUUGAAAACGCCGAACUUUUCGAUGGCGACAAGACGAAACCGCACGUGAUCGUAAACACCGAAUGGGGCGCGUUCGGAGAUGAUGGAAAAUUGGACGCCGUCCGCACGAAAUAUGAUAGGGAGAUCGACGAAGACUCAUUGAACCCGGGACAACAAAGAUUCGAAAAAAUGAUCAGUGGCAUGUACAUGGGAGAGAUCGUACGAUUAGCCAUCGUCGACUUAGCCAACCAAAACAAACUCUUUGAAGGAAGACUGUCCGAACAAAUGAAGACUAAAGGAGCUUUCGGCACGUCAUACGUAUCAGACAUUGAAAGCGACAAAGCCAAUUACAAAGAAACAUUGAAGGUCCUUAGCGAAAUGGGCAUCAACGACCCAUCGUUGGUUGACUGCGCCAACGUACGAUACAUUUGCGAAUGCGUGUCCAGGCGGUCGGCGCAUCUGGUGUCUGCCGGUCUGGCCGCACUUCUCAACAAAAUGGACGAGAAGUCCGUCACGAUUGGCGUCGACGGUUCGGUUUACCGUUUCCAUCCUUACUUCCAUAAACUCAUGGUGGAAAAGACCAAACAACUGACCAAAUCCGACAUCAAAUUUGACCUGAUGUUGUCCGAAGACGGAAGUGGUCGUGGAGCUGCCCUUGUUGCUGCUGUAGCUGUCAGGGAUGAAUUACCGUCCAUGACGAAUGGAUUCUCGACAAAAUAAUUAGUGGUAUCCAACUAGUGUGUUGAAGUUGUUACCAAAAAUGCUCGAAGUACAUUAAACAUUAUUUUUAGCAUUAUUUGAUUUGAUUUUUUUUUUUUUUUAAGAAAAAAAACGUUGGUGCUAACGCUAAAUAAGUGUCCCUUAGGCGUAUUUUAUUCACUUAACAGCGUGAGUCUUGUAUGUCUUAGAGUGUUGUCAUUGUUGUUGAGUGUUGAAUCCUGAUUGUUCAUUGUUAAAUAUGUUUUUUUUUUUUUAGAUAUUACUAUAUUAGUUAAUAAUACAUUUAUAUUUAUAUAAAAUCAGCACUAUAAAUGUAUCCAUUAUAAUUUUUUAUACCAAUAAUAUAUUAUUAAUAUGUAUGUAUGAAAGAAAAAACAAAGAAAAAAAAGUUUUAUCUAUGUUUUAGUUUUAUACAAAGAAUCUACAAUAUACAUGUUAUAUAAUUGAUUUAUAAAUCUCGGGUGUUAUGUAUCUAUGACAAUAAUAGUGAUAAAGCCCAAUGUAAGCCUAAUAUUAUUAUUAUUAUUAUUAUUAUUAUUAAUAUUAUAUGUACGUGUACGUCUAGUUUCAAAUCGUUCCAUCAAUUUGAUUUUUACCAUUAUCAUUGCUGUUGAACAUGAAAUUAGUUUUAUUAUAAUUUGUAUUUAUUUUAUUA